UUAAUUUCGGAUGGUUUUGAUGAUUACUGAAUGUACAAUAACGAGUAAUACUGCAUAGUUCCCGAGUCAACGAGUAUAACAUAGAUGACGUCACAAACAUGUUUAAAUAAUAUUGUAAUUAUGUGAAACGUUCUCUUUACCAGUCAGGUAAAUAUAAAUAUGAGCUUACAUUUUAUCAGAUUGUUCUGAGAAAGAUACUUUUUUAUUCAGGCCUUGAAAAUAUCUACGAAAUGGUUUUUCGAGGGAAAACAGAGCUGAGACUGGAUCUGACGGCAGCUGACGGAACAUCUGUAUACGAAACAUUUCAAAAUUUUAGACUCGGUGAAAGGCCGUAUUAUACUCUUCAUAUCGACAAGGGAGUCGGAACUGCAGGCGCUGGAGAUGAUUCAUCAUAUCACAAUGGUAGCCAUUUUUCAACUUUUGACAUGGAUCGUGAUGGAUCCAGUGAUAGAAAUUGCGCUAUAAUGGACCAUGGUGGAUGGUGGUAUAACAAUUGUGCUAGGGCAAAUCUAAACGGUGAAUAUGUUACUCCUGGUACACAACGACCUGUCAAGUCGGAAGGUGGGAUGAUAUACUAUCCAUUUAGAAAGUAUGAGUCACUCAAGAUCUCUAAAAUGAUGUUCCGGCGAGUAUAAAUGCAAUCUGAUCAAAUUUAAUAAGAACAUAACAAUAUCAUUUUCAAACUAAGUUUUAUUGUUUAUAUGUACUAGGCAAUAUUUAUAAACUUUUAGACUUGUUUCUUUCUCUUUAAAUAUUUACAAAAGUUUAAGUAAGAUACCAUGUAUUAACUUGUAAAACGUUAAAAGUUUUAUUGUAUACGAAAUCACUUGAAAAAGAUAAAUGAGCCGUGGCACGACAAAACCAACAAAGUGGGUUUGCGACCAGCAUGGAUCCAGACCAGCCGGCGCAUCCGCGCAGUCUGAUCAGGAUCCAUGCUGUUCACUAUCAGUUUCUCUACUUGUUAUAGGGUUGGCAAAUAAUUAAAUAAGUUAACUCAUGGACUGUGU